AUGAAUCCUCUGCUGCAAGCUGUUUGCAAUGUCCCAUGUGACGUCAUUGACGUCAAUGGCCCAUGGACACUGACUUGGCAGAAAUUUGGGUGCAGAGAGGAUGGCUCCUGGGACCUUCCUACCAGUAGACUUUGAUGAAAUAAUUGUGCCUGGGGAGGGACGGGAUGAUCCUUGAAUAUAAUUUCAAGCUUGUUUUUUUUUUCUCCUGGACGCCAGACUGCAGACGCAGAGCUUCAGGGGGAAGAGGUGGAAAUUCCCCCAAGGACUGAAGUAGCCUUGGCUGAGAAAGCGUCAGGUUCAUUACAGCAUGCACCUGAGUCGAAGCCGUGAGACACUCACACGUUCACACCACGAACGCGUUUUUCUGGCUGGCGCCGCCGGCUCCGUCUUCGCUCAGACUUGCACCUGUGCAGGUGCUUCUAACAUGUUCCCUGUCAGUCGCACCCUCUUCCCGCUUCAGCUCCUCUUAGUGCGCUGCUCCGGAAGGGAAGGCUGCCUUUCCCCCAGUACUGCGGGUGUGCACAAGGACGGCGAUGUGGUGAUCGGGGGCUUCUUCUCCCUCUUCCUGCGGGUAUACUUCUCUGGUAUGACUCAUAUAGGGCCCAGCAAGGACUUCGUUGAUAUGCCGCUUAUGCCCAACAGUUACCAAAAUGUUCUUGCUUUCAUUUUUGCCAUUGAGGAGAUCAACGGGAGUCCCCAUCUUUUACCCAAUGUGUCUCUGGGCUAUGAGUCCCAUAACUCCCUGUAUAAUCAUGGGAAUACAGUGCAGAAUGUCCUCACUUUGCACACGGGACAGCAUGGGAUUCCUAACUACAUUUGUGGGAGAGAGAGCAAGUCUGUAGCACUGCUAACGGGGACGUCCUGGGCAACGGCUGCUCAAACUGGACCACUGCUGGAGCUCUACAAGUUUCCUCAGUUGACCUUUGGCUCUUUUGACCCUGUCCUGAGUGACCAUGGCCAGUUUCCUUCUCUCUAUCAAAUGGCUCCAAGGGAGACAUCUCUGCCCCAAGGCAUGGUGUCCUUGGUGCUUUAUUUCAGCUGGACCUGGGUGGGGCUGGUCAUCACAGAAGGUCCAAAAGGUCUUCAGUUCCUCUCAGAUGUGAGAGCAGAGAUGGACAGGAGCAGAGUCUGUGCGGCAUUUGUGAAAAUGAUCUCAAAUGAUGCUCUAUCAUACAUGUCGCAUACACAGCAACGUGAAUUCCUGGCCGGAGAAUCAUCUGCUGUAAAUGUGGUUAUCAUUUACUAUGAUGCUGAGAGUCUAAAUGAUGUAAACUAUAACAUAGGGCUGCACUUAGUGACGUGGAGAGUCUGGGUGACAAACUCACAGUGGCAUGCUGACCUGACUGGGAAAAAGUUCAUCCUGGACUCAUUCCAUGGGACUCUCAUUUUUUCAAGUCACCACGAGGAGAUUUCUGCAUUUAAACAUUUUAUCCAGACGGUGAAUCCCGCCCGGUACCCAGAAGACGCUUUCUUACACCAGUAUUGGUACUGGAAUUUCAAUUGCUUGAUAUCUGAUUCCGACUGUGCGCUGAAGGACUGCACACCCAACGCCUCUUUGGCACGGUUGCCUGCAAAUCGCUUUGAUCCGGCCAUGAGUGACACGAGUUACAAUAUAUACAAUGCUGUGUACGCUGUGGCCCACGCCCUGCACGUGAUGCUUCUACAACAAGUUCAAAUGCAGCCUGUAGGAAAUGGGGCAAGGAGCACAUUCUCCCCCUGGCAGCUGCACCCCUUUCUGAGGAGCAUCCAGUUUAAAAAUCCUGCUGGAUACCAUGUGAAUUUGGAUAAGAAAAUAAAACUGGAUGCAAAGUAUGACAUUCUCAACUUUUGGAAUUUUCCAGAAGGCCUUAGACUUAAGGUGAAAGUAGGCGAGUUUUCUCCUCAUGUUGCACAGGGGCAGCAAUUGUCUUUAUCUCAGGAGAUGGUACAGUGGGCCACAGGAAACACAGAGACUCCCCGCUCAGUGUGCAGUGAGAGUUGUGGUCCUGGAUUUAGGAAAAGCCCUCAAGAGGGAAAGGUUGCCUGCUGUUUUGAUUGUACACCUUGUCCAGAGAAUGAGAUCACCAAUGACACAGAUAUGGAACACUGUGUGAUGUGUCCAGUUCAUCAGUAUGCCAGCAUUGAGAGAAAUUGCUGCCUUCAAAAAACUGUGACUUUUCUGGCUUAUGAAGACCCUCUGGGGAAGGCUUUGGCUAGCACCGCCCUGAGUCUCACUGUUGUCACAGCUGCUGUUCUUGGUCUUUUUGUGAAGCACCGAGACACUCCCAUCGUUAAGGCCAACAACCGGACUCUCAGUUACACCCUGCUCAUCUCCCUCACCUGCUGCUUCCUCUGCUCCUUGCUCUUCAUUGGCCGGCCCAGCACAGCCACCUGCAUCCUGCAGCAGACCACAUUUGGAGUUGUGUUCACUGUGGCUGUUUCCACUGUCUUGGCCAAAACCAUUACUGUGGUGCUGGCCUUUAAGGUCACUGCUCCAGGCAGAAGGAUGAGGCAGUUACUGAUAUCAGGGGCUCCUAACUCCAUCAUCCCCAUCUGCUCCCUGAUCCAACUCACUCUCUGUGGAGUCUGGAUGGGGACAAAUCCACCCUACAUUGACACAGACGCUCACUCUGAACAUGGCCACAUCAUCAUCGUGUGCAACAAGGGCUCCCUCACUGCCUUCUACUGUGUCCUGGGAUACCUGGGCUCCCUGGCACUGCUGAGCUUCACCGUGGCUUUCCUGGCCAGGAACCUGCCCGACACGUUCAAUGAAGCCAAGUUCCUGACGUUCAGCAUGCUGGUGUUCUGCAGUGUGUGGAUCACCUUCCUCCCCGUGUACCACAGCACCAAGGGGAAGGUCAUGGUGGCCAUGGAGGUCUUCUCUAUCUUGGCCUCCAGUGCUGGGCUUCUGGGCUGCAUCUUUGUCCCCAAAUGCUACAUUAUUUUGUUAAAACCAGAGAGAAAUUCCCUGCAUAGGUUUAGAGAUGAAGCACAUUCUGGACGAAAGAAGCCUUCUUAA